UCAUCAUUCUCCUGUGUCGGCGCAGUGAGAGAAAGAGAAUAAAAGGGAAAAGACAGCUGGGAAGUGUGUAACCAUCCACACAUCGAUUUGGUGGGCCCCAGCGUGUAUCGUAAGACCGUCUCGCGAUAAAACCCAAUAAAAUGUGUUGAAAAAAAGCCCCAUAAAAAUCGAAUCACGAUGACUCCAAGUGCGUAACAGUGCCAGUGUCUGGAUUAACGAGUGCUACAACGAGUGUUGAUACAUUCGACGCUUGAUAUGGUGAUAUAGACAGGCCGAAUAUUUUUUUUGGCAUUUGGUUAUGCGGUGCUUCUGGUCACGGACAGCCCCCAUUCAACCCCCGUUUCACGUUAUUCACGACGGAGGGAAGCCCUGCAUGUUUCUCCCGUGGAGUUCACUGCAUUGCGAUCGGCGAUCCAAUCGUCAGUCCCAAAUCCCCAACAUGUGGAUAACAUCCGCUGCAUAACAAGGUGGAGAUCGAAGCGAAGAGGACGAGCUCGUCUUCUGAAAAUCCUCGAAUUUCCCCUCUCCCUCCCCUCCCCUCGUAUCACUCAUCCUCGCGCGUCUCCGAGCGUUUUCAGCCGCCCUCAGUGUUGGUCACUAAUUCUCCAUCUUUUUCACCCAGCUCUCAGCCGUUUCGAUUUCCCGACUCUUUCCCCCCUCUCCCCCCUCCCUCCCCCUCACGGGUGCUUCCAUCCUCCCUCCCCCCUUAUUUUUAUUUUUCCUCUCUAUAUUUUUUUUUAACUAACAAUUCUUUCCUCUCCACUCAUUUUUUACAUUUAAUUUCAACAUUCUCGAUUUUCCAUCCCUCUCCUCCUCUCAACCCCCUGGUGAUCACUAGUCUACCUACUUCCCCCACGUUCACGUGCGCAGAUGACUGUUGCGCAUAAAUCUAAAACCACCACCCCUUGAGCCCUCUGGCGUAUCAUCUUGACAACCAUUGGUUGUUAAAAAAAAAGCUCCCCCCCCUCGAAGAGUCGUCGUUUGUCCUCGCGUGUGUGAAGGUCCACCUCGCCCUGUUUCACCUGUCGCGUUUCACCGGUUUCGGCCCGCCGUGGCCCAUCCGGCGUGUCAUAAACUUCAGCCUGCUAGUGACAAAAGACCCAAUGGCAUCCAAGUAGAUAUACUAAUAAUUUCCGGUUAAUUAGUGCUGUUAUCAAUGAAGUGAGUGAUAAAAUCUAGGGGAAUUAACGGGAGAUAAAGGAAAAGAUAACAAGUGGCCAGUAUGCAGAGGCGCCGGACCGAUGUUGCCAUGAGCGACCUCUCAACCCUGGCGACGUUUGAAAACCAAGACUGAGACUGACGUUAUUUCAGUUGAAAAGAGUAACAGUCUGUUCCAACAUCGUUAAAUGAAUAAUUUUGAAAAAUUCUCCUUGUGAUGCUUUCAAGUACAUUCGAUCGAUAGUCGUUUGUCCCCUUUCCCCUCCCAUUUGUUUGUAUUUUCCACGUCAUUGUUGGAAGCACAAUCCCUCGCAAAUUGUCAUUCCGGUAAUUAAGUGGUGAUUAUUGAGGUUCAUGUGAUUUUCGUGUUUUUUUUUAACUGGUGAAUAUUGGAGUUUAUUGUGCAUCAGGAUGAAGUCCAACGUCAUGCAACUGUUCUUCAGCUGCUGGGCUAUCACAAUGUUUAGCUUUGCCAUUGCCGCAUGGCAGGAGAAUGUCAGGCCGAAGAUGUACGUCCAACUUGGUGCGGAGGAUGUGUUCAGAUUCACUGGAAACGAAACCCACACGGACUAUUUCCGGCUGAUGCUUAGGGACGGAAACUAUCUUCUCAUUGGUGGAAGAAAUUUGGUGCACAAUCUCAGUUUAACUGACUUAACCGAGCAACAAAGAUUAACCUGGUACUCAUCCGAGAAAGACAUUAAAAUGUGUACUCUCAAGGGAAAGGAGGAUGAAAUAUGCCAAAAUUAUAUGAGAAUAAUGGCUAAAACAGGAUCAUCAAAUUUAUUAAUCUGCGCGACAAAUGCAUUUAAGCCAAUGUGCAGAGACUACGAGGUGCAGAGUGGAAAUUACACAAUGACCAAUGAAAAGUCAGGGCAAGCGUUGUGCCCCUAUGAUCCACAGCAGAACAGCACAUUUGUUUAUGUUGAUGGCGAACUUUAUACGGGCACUGUCGCUGAUUUUUCGGGAAUGGACCCGAUUAUAUACAGAGGGCCACUGCAAACUGAACAAUAUGACUCCAUGAGUCUCAAUGCACCAAAUUUCGUCAGUUCAAUGACCCAGGGAGAUUUCGUAUAUUUUUUCUUCCGAGAAACAGCAGUUGAACAUAUCAACUGUGGAAAGGCUGUUUUCUCUCGUGUGGCGAGAGUCUGUAAAUACGACCGAGGGGGUCCACAUCGUUUUCGCAAUAGAUGGACCUCUUUCUUGAAGUCACGAUUAAAUUGCUCUGUCACCGGUGAUUUCCCGUUCUAUUUCAAUGAAAUACAAUCGACAACAGACUUGAUAUCUGGUCAAUACGGAACAAUGUCUGCUCAACUUAUAUACGGUACAUUCACCACACCAGUCAACAGUAUCAGCGGUUCAGCCGUAUGUGCAUUCUCAUUGCAAGAUAUUUCCGACACAUUUGAGGGCAAUUUCAAAGAGCAAAGUGCGAUUAAUUCAAACUGGCUACCAGUACAGAGUGCCAAAGUUCCAGAUCCACGUCCUGGUCAGUGUGUCAAUGACUCCAGGACACUGCCUGAUUUAACACUCAAUUUCAUUAAGACUCAUUCAUUGAUGGAUGAGUUUGUGCCAAGUUUUUUUGGCCAGCCCAUUGUUAUUCGCACAAGUUUUCAUUACAGAUUUACUCAAAUAGCAGUGGAUCCCCAGGUGAAAACCCCUGGUGGUAAGACCUACGAUGUCCUAUUCAUCGGAACUGACAAUGGAAAAGUGAUAAAAGCAGUGAACGCAGACUCAGCUGAUUCUCACGAGCGUGUGAGUCCCGUUGUAAUCGAGGAAAUUCAAGCAUUUCCAGCAUCGGUACCAGUACGUGGAAUAAAAGUUGUAAGGGCCUCACAAGCUGGUGAUGGCCUUGAAGAUGGUAGACUCGUAGUCAUAGCCGACAGUCAGGUCCAAGCACUGAGACUCCAUCGGUGUUACAGCGACCGAAUACUGUCGUGCGGUGAGUGUGUAGCUCUUCAGGAUCCUUACUGCGCUUGGGACAAGGAAGAGGGCAAGUGCAGAGCCCUCGUGGGUCCAGCAGCGACAGAUGCUUUGAGAUUUUUGCAGAGUGUUGCCACUGGUAUUCAUGCAUCCUGCCCUCCUAGUAAAACACUGAAUAAAGAUGCCGGAUCGGUGGGUGCUAUAUCUGCCAAUCAGAAUAAGUUUCCACAGGACUCUAUGAUAUCGAAUAAGGAGAGCCAGGGAGGAGAAAUUAUUAAUAUUAUGCAGGACGAGGAACAGAAUAAUUCAGGCCCUGAAGUGUCUGCUGCUGAUUCUCCAGUGCCUCACUAUUCUGUUGAGACACUAGUGAUGGCGGUUGUUGCUGGUGCACUUGCUGCACUCCUCGUUGGUUUCAUUGCUGGAUAUUUGUGCGGUAGAAAAUGUCGGAAGGAUGAGGACGAUAAUCUACCUUAUCCAGAUACGGAGUAUGAGUAUUUUGAGCAACGACAGAAUGUUAAUAGUAGAUUAGCACCAGAACCCAAACUCCUUCCUCAGGAGGAAGUGACGUACGCAGAGCCAGUUCUAGUUCCCCAGCCACCGAAGCUCCACUCCCCCAAAGGAACAAUGAGAAAGCCCCCACCAACGCCCGCUGAAACACUGUUUCAAUUUCCCGAUGGCUACGGCUACCGUGGCCCAAGAGAUAAUUUUGGAACAUUGAGAUCACACCAGGGUGAUCCAUACAGACGCAAUGAUGGUUUUGCAACAACACGAAGUGUCAAAAAAGUUUAUCUCUGAGAAACGAGUGAGGAGGGAGGGGGCCGUCAUCGUAGCUUAGGACGGCCAACGAGAAAUCGUCACAAUCCGACGUCAAAUAGAAGUCGUGGUGUGACGUCAGGAGGACAAUCGAGUAGAGAGUUGACUGGACAGAGAACAAUCGAGUCACCCUCACCACCCUCCAGUGUCUCGUCGAGUUCACCAUCGCCUCCCUCCUCAACACCAUCACCACCACCAACAUUGUUACCAAUACCGAUUAAUGAUGGCUCACCACCACCACCAACACCACCAUGCAGCUUCAUAUAUCGUUCAUAGUCCUCGUCGAGCUCUCAGAGUGAUGUUUUAAGAAGCUUUUGUGGAAACACAAGGCAUAUUUAGGGAGAUCCACAAGGAGACGUACAAUUUUUAUUGCAUUGAUUGAUUAAUUGAUCAAUUAGUUGGAUAAUUUAUUGGUAAUGCCGGCAAUACGUGGAUACAAGGUACUCGCUUUGACAUUGUAGUCGAGAAUUGCAAUGCUCCUCUGCAUUUGGGAGACUCAUUAAUUACGUCAGACGAUUCUAAGGGAGAUUUUUCAUUCAGUAGUACGAGUCAUUCGAUAAGUCAAUUGGAGCCCAUAGAGUGACUGAAAGAUUUAUUACAGUGUAGCAAUAACCAUUGGUGAAAUAUCUAAAUUAUAAUAGUUUCUCCAUACUAAUCGGUGAAUUAGUAAGCAAAUUGUAUAUUUGGAUUGUCAAUAGUUUUUGAGAAAUUAUAAGAAAGAUCAGUCACUUUCAACCACUGAUCAGUUUUCAAUGGUUAAGAGAAAUGUCACAACUUGCAUGACAAACUUUUCGAAAAGGCAAAAAUUGAAAUUUAUAAAAAAAAACCCUGCUGACGUAAUCAAUGAACUCCCCAAAUAUGCAGAGCAUGUUGGAGCAAGUGCUUAUUGUGAUUUUCACGCAUUUUUUUUAUCAUUUUUAUAUUACAAUUUGUAAUAAUUCGAUAAUUGACAUUGAGGAACGCUUGGAGGAUUUCCAGGAUGUCCCCAAUCAUAGGGAGACUGUUUUUUCUAUCCAAUAUCAAUAUGCAAGUUCUUUUUUCAAUGACAUUUCAACCCCACCCACAACGGCUUGUUGACUGAAUCUGUUUAUAAUCGAAAUUUCACGUGUAUAAACAUUUGUUGUUUGUUUAACCCAAAUUUCUCAACCCUGGGUGAGCUUAUCCCAUUGAAAGACAUUCGAUUGGGCAUUUGCGUUAUGGCAGGGAGGAAUUAUUUAGCAGUACUCCUGUUUGGCUGUUUGAUUUUCAGAGAUUUAUAUAAUGUUUCUUUUUUGAUUGAUUAAAAAAAACUCAGUGCCCAAUUGAAUCCAUUGGGACAAAUCCCAGUGAUUAAUCUCCUCGAUCUCCACGUUUUUAUUACUUCUUUUUCAAUACUUAAAAAUGAUGAAACCCACUCGGAGAUCAGCCAAAGUGUUUAGUUGGAUAGGAGGACAAGUCAAUUAACCAUGGGGAUAUUAAUCGAUAAAUUAUACCACUUUUACAUCAGAAAAAUCAUAACGAGCAUUUUGAAAAUUGCUAGAACUAGUCGUUUACCCUUAUUUCCUGCACUGAUACUGAGACUAUUCAGUAGCUAGGGAGAAAAUAUUAUAAGUAAUAGAAAUCUCGAUACAUACCAAAUACGUAGGCAAACAAAUCGAUUUAAUUAAAAGAGAUUUUUUUUAAAGUACUAUUAGUUAUUUCCUUAUUUUAGUUUCCAUAAAAUCGUGGAGAUCUUUGCAUCUACGAAUGCUUCAUAAUUUUAAUGCAUAAUUAACAUAAUGAAACGUUACUAUUUGUUAGUAAUUAAAUUAAUGAAACGGAGACACGUUACGGUAGAUGACAGGCAUCACAUUGUUGAUUAAAAAGAAAACUAAUGAGUGAAGAAUGAUCCAACGGUUGAAUUUUAGUUUAUACUCACACAUAUACGUAAUAGAUGACAAGAAAGAAUAAUUUUUAAAAGCAACUGAUAAAUGAAGUAAGAAAUUGGAGGGAUAAGAGGGGGAAGCAAAAUUGUGUGAACGAGAAUGAUUAAUACACAGGGCUUGUAUGUACAUAUGUAUCGUAUUUAAACACAUUAUACACCAGUUAAUAAUUAGUAAUGAUUGAACAUAAUGAAUUGAUAAUUAAUAAUAGAUCAAUCCAUCUCUAAACUGGGAGGCCCCAAAUGACAUUUGUGUAGAGUGAAAAAAAAGAAAGAAAAAUCUAUUCUUAAAGUGCUUCUUAUUUCAAUGUGUUUAGAAGUAACGCGUAUGUGAUAUAUUCUAUAUGACGAAAAAAAAAAUGUUUUCUAGACAGUGAAUAAGGACGAAAAUGAAGAACAAAAAAUGAUAAUGAACAAAAUCAAUGGGGAUUUAUUCUGGAGAUGAUAAUAAAACACAACGCGAUGACAAGCUCUUUUGUUCACAAAUCUGUACUGUAUCUUCGGCUUUAUGAAAAAAAAAAAUAAUAAUAAAAUUGAACACAACUUAUUGAUUCGAUUCAACAAUACAAUCUCUCAAUAUUUCUGAAUGAAAUGGAGAGGUUUUUAAUCAAUUAAUAAUCAUGUGUGUAUGGAGAAAAAAAUUAUAAAUAAUGAAACAUAGAUUCAUGAAAGAAUCACCAAGAGUGCCACAUUAAAUGUGAAUUUUAAAAACGUUGAAAGAAGUAAAUAAUUACAGCAAAACAAUUUUUUCUCGAUAGAAGUUAUUGGUCGAGGUAGCUUUGAAAGUUCUCUGAUAAUUGAAAUAUUGUCAAUCAUAGAGUUAUUGUAAAUGUCCCCAAUGCAUUGAUAGUUGAUGAAAAUAAUCUUUAUCGCAAUUAAUUUGAAUAACAAUGAACGAGGAGAAAAAUUUUGUGAGCAAUAGAACUUGAAUUACGCCUUGACUGAGCCACAAACACUAAUAACACAUGCCACAAUGCAGUCGUUUUGUCCUGUUUGAGAGGAUUGAAAUGUUGAAUUGAUGAUUUUAAUAUGAUUUUCACGACAUUAAUUCGUAAGUAGAGUUCAAUGGACGAUCAAAUGUAUGAAAGAUCAAAGAUUAAUGAGACAAAGACUCACCAAUAAAGAUCUCCCUCAAAUAUUAAGACUGAAAGACCCUCUUACCAGGUGAGCCUUUGGUUAAAUGAAUUUUUUUUUCAUUCAUUCCGUGUAUUUUUUUAUAUCGGCGCCGUCAUAAUUUUUUUUCUUCAUUUUUUUUUAAUUCUUUACUUACCUCAUAGUACAAAUUUUGAUAUUGUUAGUUAUUAUUAAGUUCGAUACACGUUUGACGGAAGUCAUGGUAAUGGGCUGAUGAGAAUUGACGUAAUUAUUCUGGGAAAAUUUUUGACAGAAUUUGGAAGUGAACGAGACAACGUUCAGUGAGACGUAUCGUUGACAGAGCGGCUAUCACUCAUAGGUGGGGAAAUAAUGGGAAUGACAGUGUGAAUUUUUGUAUUAAAAAGAAUAUUGAAAUGCUCUCGAGUCAGUCUCAUGUAAUUCGUAUACGAAAUUGAUGAUGCAGAUUAAUGAAGAGCCGAUCGAUGCAUAUAUGAAAAUAAAUGCCAAUACCGGAA